AUGUCUUCCACCACGGAUUUCUCACCUCAGGAGCCAGUCUCUCGGCCAAGAGAGACUGAACGAGAUAUCCUCAUGAAUAUUCUGAACAAGCAUAUGGAUGAUAAAGACACUUUGAAGAGCCAAAGGAGAAGAUCUAUGACUAGCAAGACAAGUAAAGGGACGGCGAAGAGCAGUGUGAAAAGAAACAGUGUUCACAGGAAGGAGAAAGUGGGUCACGUAAGAAUAGUCUCCCAAACAAGUUUCACAACCAUCGAAAUCCCUCCAACACCGCCUCCCAAACCGCAAAGACCCAGAACACCACCACCAAGACGAUCUUCUCGUCGAACGAGCCACACGCCAAAACCCGAAGCGCAAGCAACAACAUCUCAUCCCAAACCUUCUCCAAGCUCCCAAUUCAUGCCCACACCCUCCCCACCACCCACGAAACCCAAAAAAAGACCACACGCACUUCGUCCAACCCAUGACCUCGAACUCCCCUCACAUACCCACCCCUCCUGCAUCUCCCUCCCUCCAACCUGGAACACAGUCCACGACCGCUUCAUCGCCUACCUAUCAACCCACGCGCCGCUCGACCACCAGGGAAAAGUACCUGCCAACGAAGCGUCGAGGGAGCGGUGGAGUGUUGAGGAUAUCACGAAGAUUGUCGGGGAAAGGUUUGAAUUAGGCGGAAUUCCGCUGAGAGCUGCCGCUGUGGAGCUCAGAUUGAGGUUGUUGGAUGAGUCGGGCGAUAACGAUUUUUUCCAGAAGAGGUACGGGGCUUAUAGGGGUGAGAAAUGGGGGUGGGGUGUAUGA